UGGUUUGGGGGCGCUGUGUUGACCUCACUUUGUGGCUCUCUUCUCCUGUAAUGGCGAAUUCGGUAGAAGUAUUCUUCAACCAAUUUCCACUAUUCCACUACGUUUCCGAUAGUGAAGAGGAAGAAGAAUAUGGAACCCAACCAAUUUGAAACCUACGUCCUCGCUGUGCCAAGAACAAGAAGCAACCUUUCAUCAUCUAACAACCAAGAAGUAAUAGUUAUCCCCGACGUCGAAUCGCAGAAUCGCGUACAAGAGGACGGAUCAAACAAACGCCGCAGAACCGAAGAAGAAGGCGAGGCGGCGGCGGCUUCUCAUUCCAAAGACAUUAAUGAGCCUCUCGUUUGCCCUAUUUGCAUGGACAUUUGGACCAGUAGGCGGAGAACAUCACAUCUGUUGUCUCCCUUGUGGACACAUAUAUGACAUGUCUAGCAUACAAAAAUGGCUUCAGCACCGCAGAAAUUCCAAUAAGAUAAUUCAGUCACUUGAGGCCAAAAGUACUGCUCUUGAAAGUAAGGACAAUGAUUGGCGCAAGAAAGAAGCCGAAUGGCACAAGAGAGAAGCUUCAUUGCAUCUUCAAGUUGAGAAGCUUACACAGGAGCCACGACGCUGGAAUUCCUUCAUUGAGCAUUGAUGCAUUUAAUGAGACACUGGGUAGAGCUGAGCAUAUGAGUUUUGAUCAGAGGAUUGCUAUGAUGAAGAAACUAUCAGUGGCCUUCUGCCGUGUUUGGAGUGGAGUAGUUUCGAUGAAACUAAAAAAGAUGUUGGAGCAACUAUCAUUGGAGUAGCUAGGGCGCCUUCAUAUUCACCCUAUCAGCAUGAUACAUCUGUAUAUAUAAACGUACGAUUCUUAGUGUCGAUAUUGUGGAUGCCACAAAUUAGUUUACACCAAAUUGGUUUGUGCAUUUAAAGUUGAUUUUUUGUUAGUUAGUGUCGACCAACUGGAUUGUCUGGGCACAUUAUCCAGUGUAAUCUUUUUGUUGUUUGUUUAAUUGUUUUACGAUAUA